AUGCAGGCGGACGGGGACGCGCCGGCGCCGGCCGUCCACUUCUGGGGCGAGCACCCGGCCACGGAGGCGGGGUUCUACGCGGCGCACGGCGCGCAGGGCGAGCCCUCCUACUUCACCACGCCCGACGCGGGCGCCCGGCGGCUCUUCACGCGCUCGUGGAGGCCCCGCGCACCCGAGCGGCCCAGGGCGCUCGUCUUCAUGGUCCACGGCUACGGCAACGACCGGGAGGAACGGAACGCAACUAUGGAAGGAAAGGAACGGAACGAAAGGUGUUUUCGAGAGUCGACAUGGACCGACGACGACCUACUGCACAUCAUAAGGCUGAAGCCAACCACCGGAUUCAACUACCUAGAAGCGAAACUCUUAUAUCGUAUUAUAAACUCUUUGUUCUGCUACAAUGAUACGCACGAGAGGUACGCACACUCAUGCGUAUUCAAGAAAAAAUGGCUACGGCAACGACAUCUGCCUGCUCGUCCACCUCCCCACGCGGCCGGAGGAGUGGGCGGGGGCGGCGUCGCGCCCAUGUGCAGGAUCUCCGACCGGAUCCGCCCGCCGUGGUCGCUGCCGGAGAUCCUCACCUUCGUCGCAUGGUUCGCGCCGACGGCCGCCAUCGUGCCCACCGCCGACCUCAUCGAGAAGUCCGUCAAGGUGCCCGCCAAGCGCAUCAUUGCAGCGCGCAACCCUGUGCGCUACAACGGCCGCCCCAGGCUCGGCACCGUCGUCGAGCUGUUGCGUGCCACCGACGAGCUGGCCAAGCGCCUCGGCGAGGUCAGCAUCCCGUUCCUUGUCGUGCACGGCAGUGCCGACGAGGUUACCGACCCGGAAGUCAGCCGCGCCCUGUACGCCGCCGCCUCCAGCAAGGACAAGAGUAUCAAGAUAUACGACGGGAUGCUCCACUCCUUGCUAUUUGGGGAACCGGAUGAGAACAUCGAGCGUGUCCGUGGCGACAUCCUGGCCUGGCUCAACGAGGGAUGCACACCGCCGGCAACUCCCUGGCACCGUGACAUACCUGUCGAAUAA